AUGGGCGAAGAUCAUGCUGGAACCGUUCCAGUAUGCAGUGAUCCUAACGGAACUCCAUCCAACAAACGCCUGUCGUUAUGUUACGUCUGCUCUUCGCUCGACUUCCACAAGAUAUUCCGCGAAGGUGUCUCUGAAGGCUAUCACAAUCUAUUCGUCGAAGAUGGCUUUGUCAACCGCGAUCCCAUCCCAUUUGACUCUCUCAUAAGUGUCCUCUCCCGCUCCUCCAUUUGUGCGUUUUGUUCUCUGGUCUCAACUACCAUCCGUCGGAUCUGGCUGCUUGAUACCGCAUGCGCCAACGUCGACAUCUCCGACAUCAAUCUCUCCCUGCAUACCGUCGGAGUCCGGCUAAAUCGCGAAGGGGAAACGGGACUCGAGCGAGCACUAAGGAUUAGCAUCAAACCGUCGCGCCGUCCAUCGGAGGUCGAGCGGGUAAACGGGGGAGCACAAAAUGACCUGUCUCUUCAUAUCCAGCUUAUGGAAGAACACGCCGAGCAGUUUGGUCGGCUGCAUGACUGGCACGGACGUACUGUAGGUGAAGAACUGAACAUCGAACGCAUCAAGCGGUGGUUACACUCAUGCGAGCAAGGACACGGAGAGCAGUGCGGCCCAGCUCCGUGGGCGGUUAAUGAUGGACUACCAAACAGAAUGCAUGUCCUAGAUGUUCAGGACAUGGCACUUGUUUCAGCUUUGCCUGGUUGUCGUUAUCUGGCUCUUAGCUAUGUUUGGGGCAAUGCUGCCCAGUGCGACUAUCGUUCGUACUGUACGCUGGCCUCAAACCUCUCCGACCGCAUGAAGCCUGGCGGCGUCCCUCUCGCAGCACUCCCCGUGACAAUCUCAGACACAGUUCUCCUUGUGCGUGCACUUGGGGAGCGAUACUUAUGGGUCGACGCGCUGUGCAUAUGCCAGGACGAUCCAGUACACAAGAUAUCACAGAUCGUGGCGAUGGAUCGCAUCUACAUGCGCGCGACCCUUACCAUCUAUGCGGCAGGAGGAUCAAGUGUUCUCGCUCCACUUCCAGGCUUCCGCCCUGGUACCCGCAGUCCUCAGCAGCACAUCGAAGAAGUCCAGGGGCUGCGUCUAGGCGUGCCACUCCCCGCAUCGCGCGAGGCGCUCGCCUCGACUUCAUGGGUCGGGCGCGGUUGGACAUACCAAGAACUUCUGCUCUCAACGCGGCGCCUCAUCCUCACUCCGUCCCAAGCUAUCUUCGAGUGUUGCACGGAC